AUGAUGAGAGAAACAUAUGAGGCAAGAGCUGCUAAGAAUUCUAAUCCACUAGUUAGUGACAUAUUUAGAAUCAUUGCUGAAAAGAAAACUAAUUUGUGUGUGUCAUUAGAUGUCACCACGACUACUAAACUUUUAAAAUUGGCAGAUGAUUUAGGACCAUAUGUCUGCAUCUUCAAGACCCAUAUUGACAUUAUUGAUGAUUUCAGUUAUAAGAGUACCAUAGAGCCACUCGUAGAAUUAUCAAAGAAACACAACUUCUUAAUUUUUGAAGAUCGUAAAUUUGCUGAUAUUGGAUCUACUGUUCAACAUCAAUAUGACUCUGGUAUUUAUAAAAUCGUAAACUGGGCCCAUUUGGUUACAGUCCAUGGUGUUCCAGGUUCGGGGAUCUUAUCUGGGUUAAAUCUAGCUGCAGAACCAGUAGUACAAAAAAUUGGUCAACAUCGUGGUGCUUUAAUGCUAGCUCAAUUAAGUAGCAAAGGUUCUUUGGCGUUUGGAGAAUACACCCAAGGCUGUGUUCAAAUGGCUAAUGAAAGCAAUUUUGUUGCUGGUUUUAUUGCACAAUCAAGAGAAGCUACAAAAUUGAAAUCUGAAUCUGUAGCCUCUAGAGAUUGGUUGAUUUUAACACCUGGUGUUGCUAUCGGAAUAACUGGUGACGGCUUAGGCCAACAAUAUAAAACUCCAGAGAUGGCUAUGGAACGCGGCUCUGACGUUAUUAUUGUAGGAAGAGGUAUUAUUGGCGAUGAUAAAGAGCCAAUAAAAGAAGCUAUCCGUUAUAGAGAAGCUGCUUGGAAUGCCUAUUUGAAAGAAAUUAAAUAA